CCCCACACAAACCAAAACUGAAAAGUGAAGAAAGUCACACCCCAAAAUGUGGAGAAGAACCUUUUGCAGCACCACCACUGCAGCCACACUCGCCAACAAAAAAUGGGACGCACUAGUAAUCGGCGGUGGCCACAACGGCCUCACCGCCGCCGCAUACCUAGCUCAAUCCGGCCUCUCCGUCGCCGUCCUCGAGCGUCGCCACCUCAUCGGCGGUGCUGCAGUCACCGAAGAACUCAUUCCAGGCUUCAAGUUCUCCCGCUGCAGCUACCUCCAGAGCCUCCUCCGUCCUUCUAUCAUUAGAGAUCUGGAGCUGCAUAGGCAUGGAUUGAAGCUGUUGAAGAGGAAUCCGUCAUCGUUUACGCCGUGUUCCGAUGGACGUUAUCUUCUGUUAGGUUCGGAUGCUGAAAUGAAUCGUUUGGAGAUUUCGAAGUUUUCGGAACGAGAUGCUGAAGCUUAUCCGAGGUAUGAGAAUCAGUUGGAGAAGUUUUGCAGGUUUAUGGAUCCGUUGAUAGAUUCAUCACCUCCUGAAGCUCACCAAGGUGUUUCAUCUUUUAAUUCGCGGUUGAAGCAUAAGUUACAGAAAUCGGAAUUUUGGGCACAUUGUUUGCAUCAGUCUGUGUCCAUGGGUCAACAAGGGCUGGUGGAUUUCAUGGACCUUUUACUGUCACCAGCAUCAAAGGUUUUGAAUAACUGGUUUGAGAGUGAGGUGUUGAAGGCAACACUUGCUACAGAUGCAGUAAUAGGAACCACUACAAGUGCCCAUUCACCAGGGAGUGGGUAUGUUCUGCUACACCAUGUUAUGGGAGAAACUGACGGUCACCGUGGAAUUUGGUCGUAUGUUGAAGGUGGAAUGGGCUCAGUGUCAUUGGCCAUUGGAAAGGCUGCUAAGGAAGCUGGUGCCACCAUAGUUACCGAUGCAGAGGUAUCAAAGAUGAUGAUUGAAGAUUCAGACAGAGUAACUGGGGUUAUAUUGGCUGAUGGAACGAAAAUUCCUUCUUCGGUUGUUUUAUCGAAUGCUACUGCAUACAAGACUUUCAUGGAGCUAGUACCUGAAAACGUUCUUCCGGAAGAUUUUUCUCGUGCGAUUAAGCACUCUGACUAUAGCUCCGCAACCACCAAAAUCAAUUUGGCAGUUGACAAGUUGCCACAGUUUCGGUGCUGCAAUAUUGGUUAUCCCGAAGCGGGCCCGCAGCAUAUGGGUACCAUUCACAUUGGUUCUGAGACUAUAGAGGAGAUUGAGACUGCAUGCCAGGAGGCAAGAAACGGCUUGCCAUCACGAAGGCCUGUAAUCGAAAUGACAAUUCCUUCGGUUUUAGACAAAACUAUAUCACCACCGGGCAAACAUGUUAUCAACUUGUUUGUUCAGUUUACACCAUAUAAACCUAACGAUGGUAGCUGGGAAGAUGCUGCAUAUAGAGAAUCAUUUGCACAAAGAUGUUUCAACUUAAUUGACGAGUAUGCCCCUGGCUUCAGCUCAUCAGUUAUUGGCUAUGACAUGUUGGCUCCACCGGACCUUGAAAGGAUAAUCGGUCUCACAGGAGGGAACAUCUUCCAUGGUGCAAUGGGGUUGGAUUCUCUUUUCCUAAUGAGACCUGUAAAGGGAUGGUCAAAUUACAGAACUCCGUUACGAGGAUUGUACUUGUGCGGGAGUGGAGCCCACCCUGGUGGUGGUGUCAUGGGGGCACCUGGACGCAAUGCAGCUCGUGUGGUUAUUGACGACAUUAAAGGCUGAUAAGUGGCAUUUCUUGAACCAUUAAGAUCAUCAUAUGGGAUGCAUCACGGUUUUAGACUCCAAAACACUGAUAUCUGUCAAGAAUCGUCACUUCAGCUAGCUAACUGUUGGUCGAAUUUGUUGUUUACUGGCGUGGUGUUGAUGAUACGGCAAGCGUACCUAUGGAACUGGAUCGAGACCAUGAUCUGUAGUUAAUCUUACGUUUAAUUUAUCAAACAUAACUCAUCUUGAUUGAGACAAUGGGGCAAAAGUGUCCAAAUGUUACUAAAUUUAACGUUCCUCGUCCCCACAAGUUUCUUAAAA